AUGUCUGCCGCGCCGAUCAAAAUCAUCAAGCUCGAAGAGCUCCGUGCCCACAACAGCAAGGAAUCCCUCUACCUGCUCAUUCACGGCAAAGUCUAUGACUGCACGAAAUUCCUCGACGAGCAUCCUGGUGGUGACGAGGUCAUGACUGCCGAGUCUGGGCAAGACGCGACUGAAGCAUUUGAGGACGUCGGCCACUCUGACGAGGCCCGCGACCUCCUCCCUGGCAUGCUUAUCGGUGAACUGGAAGAAAACAGCGUACGCCAGCAGAAAUCAAAAUCAAGUCCGCUGCCGCCGCCGCCUCAAGCUGCUCGGGUUUCCUCAGUUGAGCAGGGUUCGACGCUCAUGUACUGGGCGCCUCUGGCCCUCCUUGCUGGCUGGUUUGGCUACCGCUUUUACACCACCGGCACCCCAUACUGA